GGGCAUUCGGAAUACAAGAAGACACCUGAUCCAGACCACUGAAUGUGUUAAUGUCUUCAACGCGCAUCCGAGUCGUCAAGCGUGCAGCCAGUGCGCCCGUUGUUAACUCUGUCUCGGUUCCGCUUCCCCUCUCUGUUCGUUACUGGCUUAUUCCUUUUUUCUGGAUUUCUUUUGGGCAUUUUUUCUGUCUGUUUCACUUUUCAAGAGCUGAGGCACGCUGCAUCGGGUAUCGCCCCUCGUGUAUGAGAAACGGGAAACGGCACGGAAUUGUUCAAGACAUGUCGCCGGGAGACAGGUGCAGCUCCCAGUCUCCCUGUCACAAAGCCCAUUUUUGACUGCUUCUCGCCUUGACAAAGAAAACUGGAAUUCUGCCUCACAGGAGUUUCUGUGUCAGUUCUUCAACGGGACCCACCACCGGUUUCCGUGUCUACAUUCCAAUGUUCUCAUCGCGGUGCUUCUCCUUCCCCUUGGGAGUGCACGAGAGAAGCUUCGUUCCGAGCACAGUUGUCAGUCAGAGGUGAAGGCCGGUGAUUUUUCAGGGAAGAGCACAGGUCUCUUUUGAAAAUCCUCUCCAUCUCAGUCUCACCAAACCACUUUCACACAGUUUUACCGCCGCCCUUCACCGAUGGCGAACGGGGCUACCCCUGAAGAGAGGUCUGCAUCGACCAGCUUCGAAUCCAGCCAGGACUCGGCUGUUCAUUUGCCAGGAAGGUCCAUCUCGUUCAAAAAUCUUGCGGCGUCUGUAUCCCUGUACCCAGCAAUUCGGAAACGGCGAUUCAACUACGGAACAGCAGGUUUUCGUGCGGACGCGGAGCUCCUGCCGCAUGUGGUUCACCGGUGCGGACUUCUUGCUGCGCUUCUCGCGGUCGACCAGCAGCGAAGAGAAGAAGCAAAGAGUCGAGCGGAACAGAGAGGCCACAGCCCAGAGAAAACAGGCAGUACCGUCGGCGUCUACGUCGGCUGUAUGAUCACCGCGAGCCAUAAUCCUGUGGAAGACAACGGAGUAAAGCUCGUCGGCCGCGAUGGCUGUCUCCUUCCACCAGUCUGGGAGCGCUAUGCUGAAACCUUGGUGAACGCUGCCUUCGUCGACUGCGAAAGGCGAGAGGGCGGAUCCGGUCGCCAUAGACACGCAAACACCUCCGUUAAAAAGGCGGGGGCAAAUCUCAGCACGGACGCCACUCUUUCCGGGAGAAAUCACCCAGAAGUCGGCAAAGGCGACACGGAGUGUGAGAGCGCCGCGUCGGAACUGAAAGUGUUGCAGGAGAUCGUUGAAGAGCUCUUCGAAAAGGAAGAGUCGCAAACAGGUGUGCGCAAGCAUCGUGACCAGAAACAGGAACCUUCACAAGAGACACAGACGUCUACGUUAAAGCCUUCUCCGACUCCGCUGUUCCCAUGCGUCAUUGUCGGGAGAGACAACAGACCGUCUUCAAGGCGGCUUCAGGACGCGUUCGAGGCCGGUGUACGCGCUCUGGGCGUCCGACUCGUUUCUCUGGGGCAAGUCACCACGGGCCAGCUGCAGUUCAUUGUGAGACAGCAAAACGCGAAAAUGCAAGAAGGAAACGAGAACGGGGAAGAGACAGCACAACUCGCGGGGCAGACGGAAGAGCGAGACGAGUGGGAGAAGCGACAAGACGCGAACGGAAGAGAACAAGGCGAGGACGAAGGGAACAAGUUCGUCCACGGGUACUAUGCCCACUUUGCGAAGGUGUUCUCCGCAUUCAUGCAGCAGGCAAGAGAGUUGAAGGAGCAGGCUCGGAGGGAACAGGGGGAGCAGCACGGCGGGAAAGGCCAGGAAGAAGCAAACGGCGCAGGGCGAGAUCUCGAUCCUCCCCAUUCUGUUUCUUUUCCUUCUCCUACGCUCUUCCUUGACGCGGCAAACGGUGUCGGAGGUCCCUGCAUGAAGCCCUUUGUACGCAUGCUCAUGACGGAAGCGGGGAUAUCUCUGGUUAUGCGCAACGAAGGGAAUAAAAGCCAAGAAGUGUGUAUUUUUGCGAGAGGAGGCGAGGGAGAAAGACGCAUGCAGGAGCACGACAUAUGCACAGAAGGAGAAGAAAGGAACAUGAAGGAAGGCCUCAAUGUUCUCUGCGGCGCGGAACAUGUGCAGAAGCUCAAGACCUUACCCAGGAAUUUUGGCGGUCCAGGAGACGCGUCGGAAGGUACUCUUUGUGCCUCUUUCGACGGGGAUGCUGAUCGUCUGAUCUUCUUCACUUGGGAGCGGAAGCGCUCUUCACAUCUGUCUUCUCUUCCGCCGUUGCCGGAUACCUGCUUCGACCCACAGCGGCUGUGCUCGCGAGAUGAGGUUGUGCGGGAAGAGCUGCAGCGUGCGUUUUCCCUGUCAGAUGAAUCGUCUUUCUGCACGCGCCAAAGCGCUUCUCGGGGAGGCCGAGGAGACGAAGAUCUCCAAGAAGGCGAACGCGAGGCGAACCAUCGAUCCACGCUUUCACAUGGCUGUGACAGUCGAGGAGAGCCGCGUGCGGGAGAAGGCCUGUCAUUGGAGAGGCGAGAUGGACAGGAGAAAAACGACGGAAGGGAAAAGGACAGUGGGCGACGGGAAGGGUCGCAGGAACAGUUUGACACAGAAUCCCACAAUGACUGCCCCCUCUCCUGUGGAGAUGUCUCCGCGAACGGGCAAGCCGUGAAACGGAUGACGUCCUCUGCCCUCGACAUGAGUGGGGAAGACGCGCUCAGGAUGCGGCUCUACGACGGCGACCGCAUUGCUUGUCUCGUCGCGCUGACGCUUCUCAGUCUGCUCAAACAAGCUCUGGGGAAAAGAGAGAACGGACGGUCUGCUUCCUGUUGCACGAUGGCUUCUGCCUACUCGCCUGUAUCUUCCUCUUCUUCCCCCCAGUUGAGCUUGUGCGUGGUGCAAACGGCGUAUGCGAAUGGCGGGAGCACAGCUUUUCUAGAGAAGCUCCAGGCAGCUGCUAGCUCUCUCUCCGCCUCAGGUGUUCUGCUAGAGCUUGCAUGCGUCCCCACUGGAGUCAAGCAUCUCCACCGCCGAGCGGACGAAGGAUCCCUUGGGGUCUACUUUGAAGCCAAUGGUCACGGGACGGUUGUGCGAGAUGACUCUCAGCUGGAUCUGUGGGCGCGUGCGCACGGGCUGUCUAUGGUUGCAGAGUGGAAACUUCUCCGAGAAUUCGUGAAUCUCUUCAAUGCGGCAACAGGCGACGCACAGACGAACUUGCUCGCAGUCGUUGCGGCGCUCUCGUGGCUGGACAUGACUCCCCAACAGUGGAGCGACUUGUACGACGACCGGCCCUGCCACACCCUCAAGGUUUCACUUCCACGCAGGGUUCUUGACACGCUGAAUCCCGAUCCCUGUCAUGAGAAGAGACUGCUGGAACCUGAAGACCUGCAGGCUUGGAUCGACGAAGCCGUUGAAACAACCGGCCCGUUCUGUAGAAGUUUCGUCCGACCCUCGGGCACUGAAGACGUCUGUCGAAUAUACGUGGAAGCUCCGGACUCUGUUUCUGCCAGGACCCUCGGCUCUGUUGUCUCGGAACUCGUUGUCCAGUACGCCGCGCUCCUGGAGAGAACAUGCGACGAAGGAGAUGGCCAAAAAGCAAGAGGGGAAGUGAGAUAACGAAUCCAAAACGUUGGCUUAUAUGCGCA